GGUUAGUCAAAAUAGGUUCUUUAAUUAUAUCAUCUACAUUUAAGUAUUAUUUCUUUGCUUCGAAAAGACUUUGGGUAGAUUCACUAUGAUGCAAAGUAUGAUGAUGAAUCAUAACGCCUGAUACGCGGUCAUGUAUCCAGAUUUCAGGGUAUAUAAUGAAUGCGUUAACAACAAGGGUAUAAAAAAUGUGCCACACCGCAUAAAGAGGGAUAGUGAAAAUCAUUGCUUACUCGAAUAGUUGUGUUUUCUUAGUCCUAAUUCACGGGGAAAAGCUUUAACAUUUGUGCAGUGAAAGGUAAGAUCCACUGACUAUCAAGGUGUUUCUUUUACAAAAGUAGCGAGUCCUUAUUAAUGACGUGGGGUCAAGGUACAAUUUGAAUAUUAUCCUCACCAUCAUUACUAGGGUACUAUGCGCUACUUAUAUAAAGAAGCUUCUAUGGUUGCUACUCAUUAUGCGCAAGCUUCUGCAUUUUGUUGAGUGUCUAUACUUUACAAGGUAUACACUCUUGAGCACAUCACAGGUUGUAUGAACCUCUACACCGUGUCAGGCCUAACUCGUGAGCGUUGCUAAAAUAUGCACACUUUUUUUUUCUUACAAUAUUUCACUUGUUAUUACAUUUUUUUCACCCUUCUAGCGUAUAGGAUUGCAUCUAAAUGACAGUGGCUCGCAUUAUAAGAAAAAAUAAACCCUGUACCCCUUUCGAUACAGUUAGGGUUCACACGUUUGAUCUUCUUUAAGUGUUAUGUGAACACUCAAGAUCUUUUCCUUUACAUUGCACAAAUCAUUCGACAUAUUUAACUCAUCAUAAGGGGUAUCUACCGAAUAUAAAAGUGAAGGUGUGUUUGUAUUUAGUAUUUUUCUACCAUUUAUUUUUCUGCACUGCUGAAAAUAAAUAGUAUUUUUCACCAUUAUGGAUUACUAGAACGUAUUAACGUUAUCAAGCUAACUCGUGCACGUUUGUUUCCUGGCAUAUAUUGAAGGACAUAUUCGGCGAUUGAUUUCUACAUUGAACCCUUCAUGUAAAUCAAGUUACAUUGCAAGGGACAAGUGGAAAGUGUAACAAUAAAUGAAGCUGCAACUGGUAUGAAGGAAGGGUAUAUUCUUACAUGUGGGGGAAACUGAGCCUCAUCCUAUUUUUUAUUUUUCAUAUGCAGAUGUAUAGUUUCAGAGGGAAAGCCCUUUUGCACACCACUUCAUGGGUGUAUGCUAUGUCAAUUGUAUAUUAUAUGACAAAACAACAACUAAAGAUGGUUCUAAUGGUAAUAAAAAUAUAAUAUAUUUUAUCAUGUUAUGUAUGGUUUAUAGUUCUUUCUUCACUUGAGUAUAUAAGAGGCAAAACCGAAAGAACUAUUUUGAGAUAAAGAUGCUCAUGGAUCUUUUAUAAAAAAAAUAAAUUCUAUUUAUUACGUUAAAAAAAAAUUAAGUGCGACUGGGAACUGUAUAUUUUCCAAUCAUGUGUAUAAUCUGUGAUUGGAGUUCUAAUGACAUAAGCAGAACGUAUAGGAGUACUACAUACAUAUGCACGCGCAUAUACGGAUAAACUUACUAUUCGAAUUGGUUUCUGGGCUGGUCAAUAUGUUUUGGGGUGAAUUUAUUAUUAUUAUUAUUAUUUCGAUCUUAUAUUAUCUCUCUAUAUAGAGAGAAAGACCCUGGUUAUAUAAACUCUUUAAAGGAAAGGUUAGAGAGUUUUCGAACAUACAAGGAGUAAGAAGUGAUAUACACAAUUUUAGAUAAUGUUUCGUUUUGUAGGCCGUCGCCUUUUGACUGGUUCAGUUGCUGUCAACACAAUUUCACCGAAGGAAGCGUUGAAUGCGCAGGAAAACAUACUCGACACCCUUUCACCACGUAAAAUCACAGAAAUUCUCGACAAAUAUAUUGUUGGUCAACUUAAUGGGAAAAAGGCAGUCGCGAUCUCACUUCGGAAUCGGUGGCGGCGGCGUCAGUUGAAAGAUGAACAUAUGCGCAAAGAAAUAUUGCCAAAGAAUAUGCUUCUGGUUGGUCCCACAGGGGUUGGUAAGACCGAGAUAUCUCGCCGCAUGGCACGCAUCACUGAUGCUCCAUUUGUGAAGGUUGAGGCCACCAAAUAUACUGAGGUUGGCUUCAAAGGCAAGGAUGUCGAAAGCAUUAUCGAGGAACUUUAUGCUAAUGCAAAGGUGAAGGCUAAAAAGGUGCUUGAGAGAGAGCGUGAAGAAGAAGCUCUUAACAUGGCAUUGGAUGCUGUAUACAGCUCUUGGAUCAUAAAGCAGCGUGGCAUCGUAUCGGAUUCAUUAGCUCAGACCGAAGGCAUGACUAGCGUGGAAAAAAACGACGAUGCUGAUGAGGAGGAUGUCUCUCGUUCAGCGAAGCGUAAGUCAUCUGGCCGACGUAAAGCGAGCCACGACGGUGAAGGAAACGAUCAAACGAAAGGAAAAAGUAAAGAUGAAGAUAUGGACGAAACGAAGGAUGAGCUGCAAGGCAGUGAUGUGGUUGAUAAUGUACGACCCUUCUUGAUGUCUUCUAAGGUAACACUGGAGUACUUCAAGGAACACUACAAGGAUAUCUUCAAGGACGACAAUGUGACGGUGGAGAUUGUGGCUCCACAGGCAAACCAAAAGCCCCUUUUGAGUGGUGGUGUUGAUCUGCAGUCCGUAGGUAUUCUUCUCGGCAUCGGCUCUACCGCACCAAGAAAGAUAAUGGUUACUAAGACGGUAUCAGAGGCAGUAUCACUUAUGAUGCAAGAGGCGCUAGGGAAACUUAUUGAUGAGAACACUGUUAACACGCUAUCUCGCAGCCUUGCUGAAGAAGAAGGUAUUGUUUUCAUUGAUGAAAUUGACAAAGUUGUUGUGGACCCUUCUUCCAAAGGCGACAAUGGCGACGUAAGUUCAACGGGUGUACAGCAGGAUCUUCUACCUCUGGUGGAAGGAUCCAACGUCACUAUGAAGGAUGGUAGUGUGAUUUCCACUGAUAACAUCCUUUUCAUCUGUUCAGGUGCUUUUCAUGCUGCCAAGCCAUCUGACAUGAUUGCGGAGCUACAGGGACGCUUACCGGUGCGAGUGGAGUUGAAGCCCCUUACUGAGGAAGAUUUUCGCCGUAUUCUCACGGAACCCAAGUACAACUUAUUGAUUCAGCAGAAAGAGCUCCUUAAGACGGAGAACAUUGAGGUAAUAUACACAGAAGAUGGAAUUCAUGAAUUAGCACGGGUAACAUGUGCAGUCAAUAGACAGGGUCAGAAUAUCGGAGCCCGUCGCCUAAAUACUAUAUUAGAGCGAACCAUGGACACUUACAGUUUUAAUUGUGAGGACUACGCAGGAAAGGUAGUUUUGGUGGAUGCGAAGGUUGUUAGGGAUGCGACUGAGAAAUUGCAAAAAAAUGUUGACCUUGCAAAGUAUUUAUUGUAA